AUGGCAGCAGAAGAGCACCAUCACCAACACAGCGUGGGCGACCACCCGCAGCCGUCCGACGAGAAACAUGCCGUGGCCGCCCACGCGGAGCUCGUCGAAGCCAUCCGCGCCGAGAGCCAGCUCACCUUUGGGGAGGCCCUGCGCCUCUACCCCAAGGCCAUCGGCUGGUCAGCCUUCGUGAGCAUGGGCGUCAUCAUGCUGGCCUUUGAUCCCCAGCUCAUCGGCAACCUCUACUCUACGCCCCAGUUCCAACGCGACUUUGGUUACGAAUUUGAGGGCAAGUACGUGAUCGAUGCCUCCUGGCAGACCGGCCUCAGUAUGGGUAACCCCAUCGGCCAGGUCGUCGGCGCACUCUUCGCUACCUAUCCCAUGGAAUGGUUCGGUCGCAAGCGCACUUUUGCGGCCUGCGUCAUUCUCACUGCCGGUCUCGUCUUUAUCCAGUUCUUCGCCGGCUCCCUCAAUGUCCUGCUCGCCGGCGAGCUUCUUGCGGGUCUUGUCCUCGGCCAAUUCGUCGUCAUUGCACCCGCCUACGCCUCAGAAGUCUGCCCGACCGCCGUUCGUGGUCAUCUCACGGCCUAUGUCAACUUGUGCUUCGUCAUGGGCCAGCUGCUCGGCAACGGCGUCACUGCCGGCACGCAGAAGCUCGACACCCACUGGGCCUACUCGAUUCCCUUCGCACUGCAGUGGUUCUGGUGUGCCGUCAUUAUUCCCGGCAUGUUUUUCGUUCCUGAGAGUCCUUGGUGGCUCGUGCGCAAGGGUCGCAUGGAGGAUGCCGAGGCAUCCCUCAAGAGGCUCGCCUCGAGCAAAGUGAACGUCGCUGCCAGUCUCGCAUUCAUUGUCGAGACCGAUCGUCUGGAGAAGGAACUCGAAGCCGGUAGCACCUACAUGGAUUGCUUCCGCAAGGUGAAUCUGCGCCGUACUGAGAUUUCGAUUGGCGUCUAUUGCGCCCAAGUUUUGAGUGGGAUCUACCUCAUCAACUACGGCACGUACUUCUUCGAACAAGCUGGCCUACCUACGGACCAAGCCUUUAACAUGGCGGUAGGCUUUUUGGGUCUUGGUUUCGUGGGAACGCUCGUCUCUUGGGGCCUGAUGGUCCGCGUUGGCCGUCGAGUCCUUUUCGUUUGGGGUCUCGCCAUGCUCACAUUUCUCCAAUUGCUCAUAGGUGUCUUAGAUUGUGUACCAAGUCGUCCUUCUGGUGCGAUCUGGGCUGAGUCAGUCCUGAUGCUGGUGUGGAACUUCUUCUACAACAUCUCCAUCGGUCCGAUCUGCUUUGUGCUCCUUUCAGAAUGCUCUGCCACACGUGUGCGCUCCAAGUCUAUCGCAAUUGCUACUGCUGCACAAGCUCUCUUGGGAAUAGUUAUGACCGUCGCUAUUCCGUAUCUCGAGAACCCCGCCCAAGCCAAUAUACAAGGGAAAUUGGGCUUCUUCUUCGGAGGUCUGGCGGCUUUGUGCCUUGUGUGGUCGUUCUUCCGAGUCCCGGAGACCAUGGGCAGAACCUACAAGGAACUGGAUUUGCUAUUCGACAACAACGUGCCCGCGAGGAAGUUCAAGGGUUACAGAUUGGAAGGAGUUAUUUCUUCUGCGAUCAACGAGGAGGAGAGAGUGACGAAGGGUGCGUAA